AUGAGGCGUGUGCAUAUAUCGAGGUCGAUCGUAAGUGUUUCAAAUGGAGAACUCUGAACGACAUUGUUUUCCCUAUUUAUCUGAAUCAUAGAGUAAUAUCACAUGAAAGUGAAGAGAUUCUAACCCUACUUAAGAACAAGGACUUCAAGUUGGUUACAGAGGAAGCUAACCAUCAUAAUCAUGCUUAAGCAGUUUAGCCUUCUAAAGCAGUUUGGAAAUGUGGGGAAGUCCCAAGAUGCAACUGACCUACUGUCUGAGGACCUGGUUUUGGUCGAGCAACGUAUCGAGCCAACCAAGAAAGCUGCCCAGAUCAUUCACAAGAAGCUGAUAGGCUGCUUACAGAGUCCACAGGGGCUGGAGCCAGACAGACGCAUGAAAAAGCUACCCCUCAUGAUGCUCUCAGUCAGUAUGGCUGAGAGCUUUAAAGAUUUUGAUGGCGAUUCCACUAUUAGGAAAGUUCUGGAAAUGUGCUGCUUCAUGCAAAAUCUUUUAGCACAAACGCUGGCUGACUUUGAAAUGAAACUGGAAAAAGAUGUCCUGGAGCCUCUAAAUAAACUCAGCGAGGAAGACCUUCCUGAAAUUUUGAAGAACAAAAGGCAGUUUGCCAAACUCACAACAGACUGGAACAAUGCACGGAGCAGGUCCCAGACUAGUACCGGUCCCCAGGCCAAGCAGGACGGACUGAGAGAGGAAAUGGAGGAAGCCUGGAAGAGACUGGAGACAAUCAAGGAUCAGUAUUCAGCAGACCUAUACCAUUUUGCCACAAAAGAAGAUGAGUAUGCCAGUUACUUCACUCGCCUUUUAGAACUCCAGGCUGAAUAUCACAAAGCUGCCUAUGAAUUCUUGGAAAAAAAUAUCACUGAGCUCAAGGAAAGUCACAGCCAAACAGAGCCCCAACUGGGAGCCUCUACAGGGAAAGUGUAUGGGGAGCCACUGCUCUCACAUCUGAAGAGCUGCAACCAAGAGAUCGCGCUACCCAUUCAGGAGUGUGUUAACAUGCUGCUGCGCACAGGACUACGAGAAGAGGGACUGUUCCGACUAGCUGCUGCUGCCUCGAUGGUGAAGAAGCUGAAAUUUAGCCUGGACUCUGGGACAGUGGACCAAGCAGAGUUCAAUGCUGACCCUCAUGCUGUAGCAGGUGCACUGAAGUCUUACUUGAGAGAGCUGCCGGAACCACUGAUGACGUUUGAACUCUAUAAUGACUGGUUCAAAGCAGCAGGAGAGAAGGAAUUAGAGGAUAAAUUGGAGAAAUUGCGAGCUGUAUUGCAAAAACUACCUUCAGAAAACUACAACAACCUUCGAUACCUUAUUCAGUUCCUGGCGUGUUUAUCAGAGCAGCAGGCAGUGAACCGAAUGACUCCCAGUAAUAUUGCAAUAGUGCUUGGACCUAACCUGCUAUGGCCUCGUACUGAGGGGGAGACCUCCUUACUGGACAUGGCAUCAGCCUCCUCUGUUCAGGUCGUGACAAUUAUAGAACCACUUAUCCAGUACUCCAAGACUCUGUUCCCUGAAGAGGCUGACUUUGAGAUUCCAGAACUGCCAGAACUGUCUCCUUCUACAGCUCAGAGGUCCCUUUCUGACAGUACAUUUCCUUCUUCCCCAACUGUCUCUAUCUCAAAAUCUGGCAGCUCAGCUUCAUCAGAUGUCUUUGGGGCAGGAGUAAUUGUUCAGACUGGUCCACUGCAGCGUGGUUCAACAGUAUGGGAGAAUAAUGGACCGGCCCAGAAUAGUCAGCCACCUGCUCAGGACCCAGGUCCAAAACGAGCCCCCUGUCAAAAUCAGCCCCGACCCAAAUCGGAACCCCCACCCCAGCUCCAGCCCCAGAGUCAGGCUGCAACAGAAGUGAAGACUUCCGGCACUCCGGUGCCUCACUCAGCGCGACCUCCUCAUUCCCCAGAAACCACACUGAAGAUCACCAUCCCCUUUAAACCCAGGAAGUCCUUCAUUCAGAACAAGUCAAAUAACAAAGAUUCUGUUAUAAUCUAUGGAAAGCCCAAAGCCCCUGUCGCUCCUUCAAGCCAGGCUGGAAUUCUUCCAACACCACUGCCAAGAAGCUUUCCAGCAGGUGUGCACGCGGUCCCCGAAGCAGAGCUGCAGGUGGCGACCAAGCCCCAAGCUCUGCCCUCCCCUCCCGCCUCUGUGCCCGAAGGAGCUUCGCAGAGAAAGGCUCUGGGCAAGAGGCCCAAAGUCCCCCCCCCACUGCCACCUCAGCAGCUCACCAAGGCGCUGCCAUCCUCCGCUGAGUGAGCGUGUCCCGCAGAGCUUUGUCAGGUCCAUCUCCUAGCGUCUGUGACUACAGAACAUAACAUGCUCAUCACCCUUCGGUUUGCCUUUUGUAUUUGGCUAUUCUUGCUUCUUUUGUUUUCCUGACUCCAUCAGCCUUUGUGCCUGCAAAUAUCACCAAGAGAUUAAUCUGAUUUCCUUUGGUUUCAGUAUCGUGUUCUAACGCAGACAAUAAAUGCUCUCAGCGCUCCUGUGUUUUUUUUUAAUCAGCAGUAGGAAAAUUACAGUCACACAUGUAAAUAGGGUUUUCAUUCACGCUUUUGUUGUCUUUAUUUUUAUUACAAAUAUUAUCGUUAGCGUUUAUAUGGGAAUAUUGGCAUUGUGUAUAUUUCCUGUGCAAAAAAGCACAUCCGUACAUGUAAAACAUAUAUCACAACAUGUCUGAGGAGUCAAUUCCUUUGUCAUUAUAUGAAAAGAGAAGUUAAUACAAACUUUAUAUUAGCUGUCAUAAAGAACAGCUUUGAUGUGCUGAACUCUUUUAUAUAAACAUUUUUAUUACACAACUGGCAAAAGUGUUUUUAUAAAUUCAUAGGUUAUUUGUGUAUGUAAAUAUUUAUUGCUUAAUAAACUAAAGUAAAUGA